GUACUACGGCUGCGGCCUGGUGAUCCCCGAGUGCCUGGCAUCCUGCCGGAUCCUGGACCUGGGCAGCGGCAGCGGCAGGGACUGCUACCUGCUGAGCCAGCUGGUUGGGGAGCAGGGCCACGUCACCGGCAUAGACAUGACUGAGGGCCAGGUCGAGGUGGCAAGGAAGCACAUUGCCUACCACAUGGACAAGUUUGGCUACCAGAAGCCGAACGUGGAGUUCCUCCAUGGCUACAUGGAGAAGCUGGUUGAUGCUGGGCUGGCUGAUGAGAGCUACGAUAUUGUCAUCUCCAACUGCGUGAUCAACCUCGCCCCUGACAAGAGAGCCGUGCUGCGGGAGGCCUACCGCGUGCUGAAGCCAGGGGGAGAGAUGUACUUCAGUGAUGUCUAUGCCAGCCAGCGCCUAAGCAAGACCGUCCGGAAUCACAGGGUGCUGUGGGGGGAGUGCCUGGCGGGAGCCCUGUACUGGGGAGACCUGUACAGCAUCGCCGAGGAGGUGGGGUUCAGCCCCCCGUGCCUGGUCAGUGCCAGCCCCAUCACCAUCGGUGACGAGGAGCUGGAGGCUGUCAUCGGCGACUGCCGCUUUGUCUCCGCCACUUUCCGCCUGUUCAAGGUGCCGGGCAGCAGCCGGGCUGGGCCAGCCCAGGUCAUCUACAACGGCGGGAUCGCGGGGCACGAGCGAGAGCUGGUGUUUGACGCCAACUUCACCUUCAAGGAAGGAGAGGUGGUGGAUGUGGAUGCCGAGAUGGCUGCCAUCUUGCGGAGCUCCAGGUUUGCGGAGGCAUUCUCGAUCCGGGCUGGUGGGGCCGAUGCUGCCGCACCGCAGGGCUGCCGUUGCAAGGGGGUGAAGGAGAAGAUCUGCAAUCCCUUCCAGCUGCUGGAGCGGCUGGCAGCCCCGGGUCCUGCCUGCCGUCCAGGUGGCACCUGUGGUCCCCCGGGAUGCUGCUGA